AUGGCCACCGUUUCGGACACAGAUUUGGUACGAAGGUCACUGUUAGACCUCCUUGCGCGCACCGCGGCAGAUGGCUCCCUCGAGAAAGCUUUGCACGACGCGCACGCGGAGAAGGUGGAGGAGCCUGCGCAACAGCCGACGUCACCGACCCGGCGGCCGUCAUAUGAGGCCAUCCAGGCUGCUCGCAAAGCAGGAGCAGGCGUGGGCGUGAACGACCUUCUGGCCGAGUUCCAGGAGGAGCUGUCGGGCAGCCCACAGGGCCCGGCGGAGGAGGACCCAGCGGAGGUGUCCUUCGACCUCUCCACAUCGCCGAGCAACGAGGAUGGUGGCGGUGGCUUCUUUAUCUCUGCCGGUGGUGGGGGGCUGAACUUGCCCCUGGAGGAGGAUGAUCCCCUGAAGGAGGAGAUUGGGAUGUGGAUUCCCUCAACCUACCAACGACUACACGUCGGGUCGUCGGCUACCUUUCGACACCUACAGGGCUCUGCCCACAGGAUUGAUUACGCUCUCGUCGGCGGGACAGCUAUGGUAUGGGCUGCUAAAAGCAGCGUCGCGGAGAAUUUCGACACGCUCAAUUCUACCGACGACCACACUCCUGCCGUACUGGAACUGCAUGGCGCACUCGAGAAACACACUGGUGGGGACCGGAUUUGGAGGCCCACCUUUGACACAGAGCGCAUGCUGACGCCAGAGGGCCGAGCAACCAUUGCUGAGGCGCUCAGCGCCUUUGAGUCCCCCUCUUGGCAGUGCCAUCCUGACAUGCACUGCCAGGCCUUGCAAGACUAUCUUCUCGGUGUCCUGCAAACACAUUUCGGCCGAGACGAGGCUGGACCCAGGGCCUCCUUCCUGUCUGCUGAUGUCUGGACGGUCCGAACGGCCAAACUGGCACUGAAGCGCCGUUCGCGGCACAGGGCUGGGCUUUGGGCGGACCUACUCAGUCGUGCCUUCCGGCAAUGGAGCAGACAAGAGGAUUACUCGGUGCUUGCCGUUGUCCGAAAACAUGGCUUUAUAUAUGAGCUGGUGGCGUCGGCUAUCCAGUUCGCUACGGGACGCAUCAAGCUUGCCAUCCGGGCUGACAAGAAUGCCUUCCUGGACCGCAUUGCCCAAGGUGGCCAUGCCAAAGCCACUGAAAUUCUGGGUGUGGCCAAACGUGCAGGCAUUGGAGGCCGCCAAGCCAGACCGAUGCACCGGCCACUCCCUGCUUUGCUCACCCCAGACGGGACCCUCUCCAGCUCCAGGGCCGACCGCGAUGAGACAUGGCUCCAGCAGUUCAGUCAGCAAGAGUUCGGCAGCAUUGUCCCCACUGCUGAAUAUCUCCGACGUCCUGGCGAACCGAUUGCCAUUGAUGCCGCGAUCAACUGGCGACUCGAGGACGUGCCAUCCUACUUCGAGGGCCGACCCUGCGGGGAUGACACGGAUAGCCUACCCCCUCUUCUUGAAGGCCUCCCUCUCACUCUAUACCAGCCCGUGCAGUGGCGAGGAGGACUCUUGCGAGAAUCAUGGAAGAGGAAGGGGACGGUUCAAGACCCCGAGAACUACCGGUCCUUAUUUGUGUCUUCCAUGCUGGGGAAGACGUUCCACAAAGUGCUGCGCAAACGAGCGACGCAACAUGCGGCGGACAUGCUGCUGGGCUUCCAGAUGGGGGCUCGACGGCACGCACCGUCAGCGUACUAUACCGUCAUACGCGAAAUGUCGGUUGGCCUGAUUGAGAACGAAGAGACCGUCGCCAAAGUCUUCAAGUACUUUGGGCUUGCCCCCAAUGAUCUUGCAGAGUUCUGGGGCGAUGUACAUGGUGGCGGCAUCAUGGGGCAAUCGAACAUGCCUUGUGCCCUGCGCCACAUGGCCAAAGACCUCUUACAUAGGUCUUGGUUCGUCACGGGCUACGGGAAUUCGGACCGCCUGUGCGUGACACAGGCUGGCUCGCGCCCAGGCGAGGCGUGGGCUGACCUCGUCUUCGCCUUUGUCCUGGGAAAGAUCCUCUGUAGGAUCAGAGAGGUUGCCGUUGGCGAGGGGCUCCUACAAGCGUUGUACGUCGACCCUGACAGUGGGCCAUAUGCCCAGCGGGGCGACGGUGCCGAAGUGCACGCACUCGAAUGUGCUUGGGCUGACGAUGCAGCUUUUCCCAUCAGUGACGCGUCGCCUUCCUCGCUCCUCACGAAGGCGACCAGACUUUGCUCCGUUGUGCUUCAUGAGUGUGCUCGGCACGGUCUACAGCCGAACUUGAAACCGGGCAAAACGGCCAUCCUAUUGGCCCUUCGUGGACGUGGCUCCAGAAAAGUCCGUCAACAAUGGUUCCCCAAUGGGCGAAACGUUCUUGUCCUACGUGAUUUGGGUCUGGAGGUGCCCGUGGUCGGGGCCUACAACCACUUGGGUGGCACUGUUGACAUGGCCAUGUCGGGGAAAGGCGAGGCUCGCAGAAGGCUCGCCAUCAUGCAGUCCACCUUCGACGAGGGCAAACGGCUGCUGUACGGGAAUGCCUCUAUUCCUCUGUUGACCAGGUCUGCCCUGUUCCAGACUUCGGUUGUUGCCACCCUCUUCAACCUUGGCCUAUGGGUCCCUGUAGGUGCGGCAUGGCUGCACCUAGCAGGUGGUUUUACCCGGGUCCUGCGGGGACUCCUCACAAAGCAGUUCACGGGCGACCUCCUCUACAAUGUCGCGGCGCCGGCAGUGCAUAUCCUGACCAACUGCUUCCCUCUUGAGAUGUUUGCCCGAAGGUCCAGGCUGAGCCUCCUGGCAUCUGCUUGCAAGGCAGCACCAGACGAGCUCUGGGCGAUGCUACAGACGGAGCAGGCGUGGUUUGCUACAGUCCGCGAUGACCUCCGAUGGCUGUGUGAGGACGAGAACGACUGCCCCACUGCGGAUGCAGCCGGAUGGCCAGCCAUGCACCGCCUCCUCACCCACCGUACUACAUGGAUCAAGACACGAGUGCGGAAACUCCUCAACCGUGAUUUCAAGGCCUUCUGUGUGGAGCGGAUGAUCGAUCUGCAACUGUGGGCCCUGUACCGCCGACUACUACAAGCCCACCCUCGAUGGCGACCUGCUGGGACCUGGUGUUGCCGGCCAUGUGGCCGGCGGGUCAAGACCAAGGCCGCCCUCGGAGCACACUUCCACAAAGUACAUGGGCGGCUUGCGAAGCACAGACCCUUCGUCGAUGGGACUGUCUGCCAUGCCUGCGGCCGCCAAUAUUGGUCGGUCCCCAAGCUUGCUGACCAUCUACGGGAUCACCCAGGGUGCGUUGCCACACUUCGACUACAUGGGCGUGCAAGGGAUAAGGCCUUGCCUGGAAGAGGUAGCAAGGUGUGGCGAAAGCAGGCUGAGGAGACCUGCCUAGCGGUGUCCGGACCACAUGGGGCCCCGCUACCAGCUGCGGCUGACGCUGGAUGGGAUGACACCACGCGGCGAGCCUACAAAGAGGUCUGCGAAGCCCUCCUGGUUGAUGAUCUGCCAGCUGACUCCGCUAUGCUGGUCGACCUCAUUGCAAAGAGCUUGGGACGGCAUCCUCUCUUUGAGAGUGAGGAGCACGAGAUCGUCGCCCAUGUUGGUGCUGAGGUCCGACAGCUUCGGAAAGCCGAUGCAGAUGAUCACUGGAGCGACGAGGUCUAUGCAGCGCUCUGUCACUCGACGGAGCACUACGUUAUCGACACUCAGCCUUCUGAGCUUGAGGCUAGGACGGAAAUUCAUACGGAUUCUCUGCAAGCCUUCAGCCAGAGGCUGAGUGCUUUCGAUUGGGCGGACGCCCUUAGUCAGGCCAAGCCUGCCUACGAGACCCAGGAAGGCGCCUUGUACACACUGCACAGUUGGGACGUUGCUUUAACCUGUGACAGGGAGGCGCUCACCUUAGCAACCGUGGGCGAGAUGUAUUGGCCGCUGUUACCAGAGGCACUCCGUGAAGCGUGGGAUGCGGCAGUACAGGGCCGGAACGUCCGGCUGGCUGCACCAAACGCCUUUUGGGAGCAUCGCCUCUCCCUCCCCUUUAAGGGUAUGAGGGCCGACGAUGCAAGUAAUUAG